GGGAAGUAGAACUCCACUCUCUGUCUCAUAGUGCCCUCUUUUCUCUCUCUUCUCUCUCUCUCUACCCACCAUUGUUUAGCUGUUGAGGAACUGAAGAGCCCAAAAUUCAACCAAUGGUUGUGCAAGUGUCAUCUGCUUUUUCUCUGACUCCCCUGACUUUCCCCAUCUCUGCAUAAUUAUUGCUCUUGUACAUUUCUCUCUCUCUCUCAUGCCCACACUGAGUGACUCUGAUGAUGGUUGGAAUUCCAUUUAUUCUCCAUCCACUUCCAUACCCACUGUGGAAUAAACUAAAACCCACAAGCAUGUCUUGUUCUUUCUGAAUUGGUGACACUCUCCCUCUUUUAAGGUGCCUUCUCUCUCUCCCCCACUGCUCUUUCACCCUGAAGCAUCGGCUCCAACUCAAAGGAAAACUAGGAAUGUCAUGAUUUGUCGCUGCAGAUUAUGAUACCGGAUUCAAUUUAUUGCAUUGGUACAUUACCGGUGCCAUGUGCUUUGAGAUCGCUGCAUUUCUCUUUGCAGCAGUACAUCUUUACUGUGACACCUAGCUAAUCUUACAAUUUUCAGCUGCGCGAUAAUUACCAUAGACACAGACCACAAUUCAGCUGUCUCAUCCAGACAUGCUGCCACGAAACUCUGAUUCAGGAACAGAAAACGAGUCCUCGGACUUCAGCACCCAGGUAGCUUCCGACGCAUGUGUGCAGGAAAUCUCUGUCGACCCAUCCAAAGUUACCUCCGCCACUUCCUUGGAUCAGGACGAUGUGUCACUCGACUUGACCCUUUUCUGCCACAGUAAUGCUCCUGCCGAGGCGAAUGCUGUUGGAGAGAGUAAUAACACCGAAGCCGUUGACCGAGCUUCCGUGGUUAAACUCCCACGGGUGUUCUCUUGCAAUUACUGCAAGCGCAAGUUUUACAGCUCGCAGGCACUUGGUGGCCACCAGAAUGCUCACAAGAGGGAGAGGACGAUGGCGAAGCGGGCCAUGCGGAUGGGAAUGUUCUCCAACAGAUAUACCAGCUUGGCGUCUCUGCCGCUUCAUGGCGCAACCUUUCGGUCCCUUGGCAUUGAAGCUCACUCAGGGGUGCACCACCAGAAUGCAGUGGCUCCAGAAAGUCGGCCUGCAGUUUUGAGAGGCGGAGCGAAGUUUGAGAAGGGCUGUAUGGGAUUGCCGAUGUUUGUUGAAGAAGAUGAUGUGGUGCCGCUGUUUUGGCCGGGAAGUUUCCGGCAAUUGGACACAAGGGAUUGCACUAGUGAUCCCAGCCCCUCUGUGGAUUACGUAAUCAAAGGUUCAAAUGUGAACUUUGUGCAGGUGACGAAAUUGCCACAGAUUGAGACUCCCUCACCCGACCUUACAUUGAAACUUUAGGAACAAAUCCAAUGCGGUGUUAAUUCUUAGUUCUUCUACACCCAUUGCUAUGCCGUGCCAUAUGUUUGUAUUUGUACAGUGAGAUCUGAUGAAAAAUGGCUGCGAGGUAUGAAGUUUUGAUAUCUCGCCUUCUCUCUUGCCGUCUUUUGCUCUGACGUGCUAUGACAAUGUUACCAGUUGCUAUAAUUUAAUUUGCAGCACUCUUAUUUGCUGUCCUAACUGUAAUAGAAGAGGAGAUGAUCGUUUCUUAA